AUGUCUGCAAAACGCUCUGUUUUAGUACUCUGCACCGGCAAUUCUGCUAGAAGCCAGAUGGGCGAAGGUCUUAUCAAUGCACGCUUGGAAGGAUUUGAAGCCUAUUCUGCAGGCACCCGUCCAGCACCACAGGUUAAUCCUAAUGCAAUCGCUGCUCUUGCCGAUAUAGGCAUCGAUAUUAGUAGCAAUCGACCCAAGUCCGUGGACGAAUUUAAAGACCGCCGAUUUGAUUUUGUUAUCACUGUCUGUGGCUCUGCUGAUGCUAACUGCCCUGCUUGGAUAGGCAAAGUAGGUAAAAGAUGUCAUAUCGGUUUUGAAGAUCCUUCUCAUACACAGGGUACACCUAACGAGAUACUGGAUGCAUUCAAAAAGACUCGUGACAUGAUUGAAGAUCAAGUAUUUGCCUACUUGAGAAGCCAAUGA